UCAUCAUCCCUCCCCGUUGCUCCCCUUCCUCUCACUCUAUUAUUUUAUGUCUUCAUCAACUUCUGGGGAACCUCGCACCUCUUUCUUCUCUCUGUCCCUUCGACCUCCCUUUCUCUGCACUCGAUCCUCGUUCUUUUUCUAUAUUUCCCACUCCCUUCUACAGGCGUCCUCCUUUGUUUUCUCUCCCCACUCUCCUAUUUCUUUCUUUUUUUUCCUCCUACCCUCGUUCUUCUUUAAAAUUUAAUAAACAUAAAAAAAAACUCUCAGUUUAAAUAUGAUUUCCCUCCCUUUUCUUGCUUUUUUUAAUUAAAAACAGUUCUCCUGUUUUUUUUUUCUUUUUUUUUUUUGUGCCAUAUUAUUGGUUUUCUUGGAUGAGGCUAUGGCUGGCUUGGAUCUAGGCACCGCCUCCAGAUUCAUUCACCAGCUCCACCAACGCCCCGACCUUCACCUCCAGCAGCGCCACAACCCUGACUCGGAUGACGACCACAACAACAACGGCAACGGCAACGGCCAAUUCGCCGGCACUGCAGAGCGUGAUGGGUCGUCGUCGGGCAACCAGGGACUGGAGCUGGUCGCAUCUCCCGGGCCGGGGGAUUUGGUGGCUCGGCGCCCACGGGGCCGCCCCCCCGGUUCCAAGAACAAGCCCAGGCCCCCCGUGAUCAUCACCCGGGAGAGCGCUAACGCCCUCCGGGCCCACAUCCUCGAGGUCGGCGGCGGCUGCGACGUAUUCGACUGCGUCGCCACGUACGCCCGCCGCCGCCAGCGCGGCAUCUGCGUCCUCAGCGGCAGCGGCACCGUCACCAACGUCAGCCUCCGCCAGCCCUCCGCCACCGGCUCCGUCGUCACCCUUCACGGCCGCUUCGAGAUCCUGUCCCUUUCGGGUUCCUUCCUCCCUCCCCCAGCUCCCCCGGGCGCCACCAGCCUCACCAUCUUCCUCGCCGGAGGCCAGGGGCAGGUGGUCGGAGGGAACGUUGUCGGUGCCCUCUUCGCCGCCGGCCCGGUGAUCGUCAUCGCCGCCUCAUUCACCAACGUCGCGUACGAGCGGCUCCCGCUCGAGGAAGAGGAACCGCCACUGCAGAUGCAGCCACCUGCUCCCCAGGGUUCAGGCGGCGAUGGCGGCGGCGGCGGUGGCAGCGGCGGAGGAUUCCCGGACCCUUCAUCCGGGCUGCCCUUCUUCAAUUUGCCGCUCAACAUGGCCAAUUGCCAGUUUCCGGUGGAUGGGCAUGGCUGGGCGGGGGGUGCGACUGGGCGGCCCCCGUACUGAUGGUGGUGCAACUGUGCAUCAAGAAAUUAGCUAUUAGAUAUUUGAGGUUGAGGGAGAUGGCACCGGACAUCUGAUGGAUCUGGCAGCUGCAAAGGUUAGCACGCAUAUUUGAGGAUAUUUCCAUGUACAAUUGGCUUUCCCUUGCUUUCAUAUUUUGGUUUCUUGGGCUUCCUGUUUCUACUUCUUCUUCUUCUAGGUUUCAUUUCCCUCAGAUCUUGUUUGUUGUUGUUAUUCAUGGAAAAUCUCUCUUGGACACUUGUUGAUUACUGUUAUCAUCUCACGUAUAUGUAUAUCCACUAGUUGUUCUCCGUUUUCUAUCAUUAUCAUCCACUACUAGAAG